CGCAAAACGUCAUCGGCACACGCCGUCAUGGCAAUGGAUGAGCGAGUGCGAAAAAUUUGGAUAGUGUUGUUGCUUGACUGUGUUAAAAAUCGAGAGUGAUUGUAGACUGAUUAUUAAUACAAUUGGAUAAAAGCGUACAACUUAGUGAUAAAAUAAGUUGUUGGAAAAGAACUGUGUAUGUAUCAUUUCCGCCAAGCAGAACUUCACCGUCAAAAAAAGAUUCGCACAGAAACAUCUAAAUAAACAUAUGGAAUAAAAAACAACUCGGGCAAAUUAAGCGAAAAGUACAGCAACAGAAAUUCUUGGUUUAUUAUUCUCCACACUGCGAAAAAAACUCAAUGUAUGAAAUCGGAAACUGUUCGACGUUGACUACUGCUGAUCAAUUGCCCAUCGCAUUUAGGAACCGCAGCAAAGUGCCAUUAAAUUGUUUGCCAGUGUGAAAGGAAAGCAUCAUUCUCAGUAGAGCUUUCGAGCAAUCAGAUAUCAUAUCAUUUUAGACUAUUAGAGAUAGCGCUUACUUUUGACCUGAAAUAUGACCAACAUUAAAUAUGAGCGCGUUAAGCAAACACUCGACCAAGACCCGCAAAACGAGGAGAUCGAACUGGAAAGUGAGACUCAAAUGCGGCACCACGUGACCACCAAAGGACAUCAACCGUAUGUGGUGGCAAACCGCGCCGUGCCUGGAACAAUCGGCAAGAAGAAAAGCUUCGCCAAUACGGUCAUCGUUACGCUAUUCCUGAUAAUGUGCUACUUUACGCUCUCUAUCGGGCUUACCUUCUACCAGCGGCUACUGCUGCAGGAAUUCAAAUUCCCCCUGACGGUGGUGGUGUACCAUCUCUGUAUAAAACUAGUCAUGUCGGCCGUAGUACGAGCGAUCUACCGGUGCGCUACCAAAAAGAAACGCAUUUUGCUCGACUGGAGAACUUCGGUACGGAAAAUUUUGCCCACUGGAUUGGCCAGCGGUAUUGACAUCGGUUUCUCCAACUGGGGAUUGGAGCUGGUGCAAAUAUCCCUGUACACCAUGACCAAAUCCACCACGAUCGUUUUCAUUUUGAUAUUUGCCAUCUUGUUGAAAUUAGAAAAGAAGAGCUGGUCGCUAGCGGCUAUCGUGGUGAUGAUCUCCGGUGGAUUGUUUCUGUUCACGUACAAAUCGACUCACUUCGAUGCGCUCGGAUUUUCGUUCCUACUGUUUGCCUCACUAUCCAGCGGAAUCCGGUGGACCUUUGCCCAGUUAAUAAUGCAAAAGUCUAAACUGGGCCUACACAAUCCCAUCGAUAUGAUCUUCCAUAUGCAGCCGUGGAUGAUUCUGGCAAUACUACCAUUCACCAUAGGAUUCGAAGGAAAACGUCUUGUCGAUGGGUUCGAUAUUUUCCUGCAAACCGACAGUUCCGUUAUACUGGACAUGUGGAUGAGAAUUUCACUGGGGGCUUUCAUCGCGUUCGUCAUGGAAGUAAGCGAAUUUUUGGUUCUGACCAAUACUUCCAGUUUAACGUUGUCGGUGGCUGGUAUAUUCAAGGAAAUCUGUCAGCUGGUCUUGGCAGUGGAACUGUACGGCGAUCAGCUCAGCUUGAUCAAUGUGCUUGGACUGGUGAUGUGUCUCGGUGGUAUUUGCAGCCAUGUCGUUAGCAAAUUCUGGACGUACACCGAGGAACAACGGACGGUCGAUGGUUCGGCCAAUUAUGAUGAUGACGAAGACGAUGCUGGUGUUGUCAAUAAGAAUGGCGUGGCGUCUAAAUGUAAUGCUACUUUCAACACGGCUACGGCUCGUUUCAAAGUAGGUCAGCAUAGGCCGCUUCUUGUGAAUGAAAAUCACGAAGCAGAAGAUUCGGACCAUUUGGUGGUCAAUAAUAGAAACUACAUUUCGGAUAGUGAUCAAGGUGAUAACGAAGCACAGGACGUGCUGUUCGAUAUACUGAAAAGACGAGAACGAUAAUUUAUCGAUGUUUCCUAAACUGUUGCGGCGCUGUUGGUUUUAACUAAGUUAAUUAUUUAUGUUACGCUUAACCACAUCACUUUAGGAGACUUGCCCAGUGAUGCAACCUGAAUUUUAAAAUUCCAAUUUUUGUUACAGGGUCUACUUUUUACCUUAGUUAAGUUAUGCUUUUUGGAACUUUAACAACAACAUUCUAUUCCUAACGUUCUACUAAAACGCACAGGAAAUUCCAUCUAAGCCUAUUCUUAAGUUAAUUUUUGUAUAAUAUCCUUUACAAACAAAUGAUCGUUAUUGCAUUGACAUUGGCAUUUAUGAACGAAGAUAAGAAAUAGUGAAACUGUACAAACUUACUACAGUGUUAUCCUACAGUACAGCUAGUUUUUGUAACAUAUGAUAUAUCAACUUAGACGAGAUGAAUCGAAACGGAAAAGUCAGCCGAAAUGAUGUAACACACCGUGAUAACUACAUAAAAUCAAUUUAAGAACAUUGUAUACACUCGCCAUUCUGUCGUCUACAUAAUUUUUAUGUUUUAAAUGUAAUAAUUAGCAAAAUGAACCAGAAAUAUACUGUAACCGUAAGUAUUAGA